AUGGGAGCCUAUAGUAAAAGGGGAAUUUAAAGCUUCUUGCAAUGGAAAAACCAUUACUAUUCCACUUUCUGUUCAUAAACCUCAGCAAAAUGUUUUUAGCAAAUCUAGCAUCAAUAAUCAUAGAAAAAAUGAAAAUAACAGUGUUUCUACAGUUAAUGAAAAUGUUUUGACAGUGAUUAACAGCGUUUCAACAGUUAAUGAAAAUGUUUUAACAUCAAAUAACAGUGUUUUAAUGAAAAAUAAUAAUGUUCUUACAGUUCCUAUUUGA